GGGCUCUGAUGGCUCCUACACAGCAAAUUCAAAAGUGUUAAAUGUAUUGGUGUUAGUAGACUUUGUGCAAAAGCAGAGUUAAUUUUACUCUAAGUAGAGUCACAUUCUUUUAAUGUAACUACGAGGUGUAAAACAUUAGUAGUUAAAAUCGAGUGUAAAAAAUGAGUGUUUCUAUAUUAAAUCUGGAGGUGUCAAAAUGGAAACAUUAACUCUUGAUCUCUUAACUCUGAACUCCUAAAGGGGCUAUGACACUAAUAGAGUAAAUUCACAGACUCCGCCCCAGCAUCACAGGUUCCGAAUGAAGCUGAAGGGAAGCCAUUUCAGAACAUUUAGCUCUCCAUUUUUCCGAGUUGUUUGCCACGCCUGGAUAUGCUUGCAAAGGUAGAAUAUGGGGGAGUGCAGAAGUAUGUCAAAGUUCCAGAAAGUGAUGAAUGCUUUCAUUUCCACCAGUUUCUUAAAGAUGUUAUGGACAAGUUCAGCUUGCAGCCUCAACUCUUCACAGAAGGUGUACUCAUCCUCACUGAUACCUCUGACACUGAAGUUGACUCAGACAUUUUUGAUGAGCUGGUAAAGUCUGGAGUUCGAGCUUUCAAAGUUGGAUAUAGAAUGCAGACAGCAACAGACAUUGAGAUCAGUGUGGUUGAUGAUGAAUCAGAGUCAUCGGUACAGCCAAUCCCUCUUGCCCUCCUGACAUCGCCAGUGUCAUUGUCAGACCAUCCAUCGUCCCCAGCUUCUACCAGUUCAUCAGAUUCAACUAUGAUCCUCAAAAGUACAAAGAACAGGAAGAAGGGCCUACAAGAGCUUGAUCGCGAUGAAGCGAAGCAGAAGGUGUGUAGUGUCUUGAGCUCAAACCCAAAGGGUGAAGAAAUUUUCAAUGAAUACGACAAAACUAAAACAUUGUCAGAUCCAACUCGUCGACUAAUGGUCAACAUACUGGUUGCAGAUAUGAUAGAAUCACACGGGAGGAUUCCGCCCAUAAGUGUUCGGACUAACUAUGCACUGGGGAUUGCAACGCUUUUUCCAUAUCUCCAAGAUCCUUACUCAAAAAAUGGCUAUGAACAUUACUAUGAUCCGGAGGCCAAUACUGGCUAUCUUGCUUGGAGACUCAAGACUGUCCAACGCAAUACCUAUGAUGGUGCUAGUGGGUGUCCCAGGCCAAACUUCCAGGACAGUCCAACAACCCGAAGAGAAUCUUUGUUUGUUAGUGGACAGCUUUUUGGUGAAGAGUGCAGAGAGUUAUUAGACACUCAACAGAUAGGUCUGUGGUUAAAGAGAAGAUGAAAGCUACUUUUGAAUAUAGACAGAAGCUGGUACAUGACCCAGAUGCAACAUCAUCAAUCUUGGAUGUCUUCCCUCGUUUCCUUGAUACACCGGGGUUGAUUGAUCAGGAUUUUGCAAUGAUGCUUGGAGAUGAGGCCUCUGGAAGAUUUCUUACAAAGUGGUCUUCGUAUUUCAAGCAAAAAAUCAUCGCCGAAAGCCAAAGUCUUCCAUCAAGUCCUUGUGUUGAGGAGUUACGAGCAUCUUUUGAUACGGAGGCUUCAAAUGACUGGGGCUGGGAUAGUGACAUGGCAGCCCUUCUGUUGUUGCUGCAUCUCCUGCCCCCAACAUCAAAAGGCCACACAAAAACAGCAAAAAUUAGCUCUGCACAGGCAGCCAAUCAUCUUGUGAGAUUCGUCAAGAAAGGAGUCAGCCUCACUACUUUCCUGGAGAAAGCUAACACCAGGCAGCCCUUCCUUCUCUGCAUUGGUGAGCAAAAGAAGAACAUUCAGAGGUUCUUCAUCAUUGUGGACCAGAAAGCUAUCCCCUGUGAUGCUCCAACUUCAGCAGCUGCUUUUGAUGGGCUUUUCAAAGCACACUUUGUCUUCAGCCUCUCAUAUGAUGAAGCUCUUUCCAGUUUCUACACCUUCAUUCAAACCACAAUCUACAACAUUGAUGUUGGAAACACAAAAGAAAGCCCUCGAGUCAAGGAACUGAGAGCACGUCUGCUGCGAGACCGUUAAAUGCCCGCAAGGUCCACACGCUUUUAGGAGGAUUUAAAAAAAAAA